AUGUCGCCAUUCAAUAUCGAGACGUGUGCACGUCCUAAUAUUCUGACUCUGCAGCCAUACCGCUGUGCGAGAGACGAUUACAAAGACGACGGGACAAACGUCCUGCUCGACGCCAAUGAGAAUGCCCACGGCCCUUCCCUCGAUCCCGACUCGACUCGCGUAGCCUCCGUCUGGCAAGAGACGAGCGAUGUCGACCUCGACCUCCUCCGGCUGAACCGGUACCCGGACCCCCACCAGCGCGACCUGAAGCAGAAGCUGUGCGACCUCCGCGGACCCGACGUCCUGACGCCGGAGAACCUGUUCGUGGGCGUGGGCAGCGACGAGGCCAUCGACGCCCUGCUGCGGUGCUUCUGCGUCCCCGGCCGGGACAGCAUGCUGACCUGCCCGCCGACGUACGGCAUGUACUCGGUGUCGGCGCAGAUCAACGACGUGUCCAUGGUCAAGGUCCCGCUCCUGCCCGCCCCGACGUUCGGCCUCGACGUCGAAGCCGUCAUGAAGGCCCUCUCGUCAUCGUCGCCGUCGGCCGUCAAGCUCGUGUACCUGUGCUCGCCGGGGAACCCGACCGGAUCCCUCCUGGCGCGCGACGACAUCGAGCGCAUCCUCUCGCACCCGACGUGGAACGGCGUCGUGGUCGUGGACGAGGCCUACAUCGACUUCGCGCCCGAGGCUUCCUCGGCCGCCCCCCUCGCGGCCCGGUACCCCAACCUGGUCGUCAUGCAGACCCUCUCCAAGGCCUUCGGCAUGGCCGGCAUCCGCGUCGGCGCCGCCUUCACGUCCCCACCCAUCGCGUCGCUGCUCAACAACCUCAAGGCCCCCUACAACGUGUCCAGCCCGUCGAGCGCGCUCGCCGCCGCCGCCCUCGCCCCCGCCGGCCUGGCCGUCAUGCGCGCCAACCGUGACCGCACCACCGCCCAGCGCGACCGCCUCGUGCGCGAGCUCCGCGGCAUCCCCGGGGUGGGCCGCCUGCGCGGCGGCACCGACAGCAACUUUCUCCUCUACGAGAUCCUCAACGCCGCCGGCGAGCCCGACAACGGCACCGCCCUCGCCGUGUACGAGCAUCUGGCCGAGAGGAAGGGCGUGGUCGUGCGCUUCCGCGGAAAAGAGCACGGCUGCCUGGGCUGUCUGCGCAUCACGGUCGGCACCGAGGACGAGGUCAGCCGCUUCCUCGAUGCUCUGCGCACCGUCUUGGUCGAGGUCAGGGGGGCGUAG